AUUGCUGAGAUUGUGAGAAUGACUGGACGAGGAAAAACCGGUGGCAAAGCUCGGUCCAAGGCCAAAUCUCGCUCGUCCCGGGCCGGACUGCAGUUCCCGGUGGGCCGUGUUCACAGGCUCCUGAGAAAGGGCAACUAUGCUGAGCGGGUGGGUGCCGGAGCCCCGGUCUAUCUGGCUGCCGUGCUCGAGUAUCUGACGGCUGAAAUCCUCGAGUUGGCUGGUAACGCGGCCCGGGACAACAAGAAGACCCGCAUCAUCCCCAGACACCUGCAGCUGGCCGUCCGCAACGACGAGGAGCUCAACAAGCUGCUGGGAGGGGUGACCAUCGCUCAGGGCGGGGUGCUGCCCAAUAUCCAGGCCGUGCUGUUGCCCAAGAAAACCGGCGGUGCCAGCAAGUGAAGCGACAGAUUCUGACCCAGUGACCCAAAGGCUCUUUUAAGAGCCGCUCACAGUGUCUGUGAAAGGGCUGUUGUGCGGUUACCGUGAGCGCGGGGGAAGUGGCUCGGGCGCAGAUCAGAUUUUAAAAUAAUUAUUGUGGGGUGCAUUGAAAUAUCUUGCUGGCGUGUUCAUGAGGGAUAUUUUCGAGAGCAUUGCGGGCGAUUAUUUCCACUCGGUUCGGGAUAUCCAGGGACAAAGGCGGAAACCAAGGUUCUCCAACUGCGUGAAGAGUGCUGACGAAACCUAAAACACGACGGCACUUAGAUUCAUUAUGAUGAGUUCCAUUAAUAUUUAGGAAUUGGUUUGAAGUAAAUCUCAAAAUCUUCAUGGAUUUAUUCGAAUUCUAUCUGUGUUAAUCGGUCCAGAGCUCGGCAUAAUUCCCGGGUCUUGGUUACUUACAUUCUUCCUCCCGUACACACAUGGAAACAUCACCCCCCUUCCUUCGCUUCACUGUCUCGGUAAUUACAAAUGGUGUCUCUGUGAAGUGGGUAUUUGCUUUUUCUAGUUUAAUCCCUUAUUUGAAUGUAAUUUAUUAGCUUCUUUCCCAUUUUGGCAUUCUGAAUUCCAUUUCAAAGACCUGAACUGGUUCACGAUUAUUUCACAGCUGCAGAAGAGAUUCGGCCGAUGCUGGAAAUCACAGAAAAUGCUGGAGGAAUUCAGCAGGUCAGGCAGCAUCUAUGGAAAUGAAGAAUUUCAUUUCAUCUGUAAGAUAAUUUGUUAAACUCCAGUCGCGUUCUGGGGUGAGCAGUCAGGUUCACAA